AUGACAUCCACAACAAUAGGAACCGAAAAAUAUGACACUUUACUUAAGCAAAUAUUUGAGUCAGAAGACGAGGAUAUUGGGAAGAAUUUUUCAGUAACGACAAAUGGGCAUUCAGAAGGACCGUUACCACCGGAACUUGAAGCUGCCUUGGAAGACACAACUCAAGCUGAACAAUAUCUGAAUAACUUGAAAAUUAAAGUUGAGGCAUGGAAAGCGGCUGGUUUACCAGGCGCGAUGAAAAGAGCCUUCGAACUUUUAAGUGAAGAUAGAAUAACAGAUGGAACUGGCGUAGAGGAAGACGACGACACCGAUGGAAGUAAUGAUGAACCAUCUACACCUAUAAUGGAAGUCCAAGAUCCUCAUUCUCAACCAAAAAUAGCAGAGGGUUCAAUUUCACGUCUUGUGAAUGGGGUAUCUUCAUUGGUUGAUAUUGAAAAAUGUUUUAAGGGACUUCUAAUACCGGAAUUGGAUCUCACAACUACUCCAGAGAGUAAAAUAAAAGCUACUCUCAAUGAGUUAUACAAACUACAGGAGGAUCUUCAAAUUCAUUUACAGGGUGGGCCGUUAGCAGAUCCAGCAACCUUAGGUAUACAACGACGAAAAAAAGUAUCCGAUCUGCUCGAAAAAGUAAUGAAAGAGGCUGCAUUAUAUGAGGAAUUCGUGAAUAGAGAGAGAAUUCUGAAUGAAUCUGAUGCAUCCAGUGAAGAAGAAUUUCAAGAUUCUGAAACUUUGGAUACAGAAUCUGGAAUCCAUUAUUUUGAGGAUUCCUUUUCAGAUAUAUCUCGUAGAUCUACAACAACCACAUCAACUGCACCCCUUUCACCGCGUUCACUAAAACCAAUUGAUCCAACUCUUAUUCGUCUUCGUACUGUGUCAAAUGCGUCAGCCCCUUCGAUGCGAUCUCGUAUAUCGUCCCGACAAUCACGUUCGUCUUCUCCGUCUGUAUUAGGCCUUGAGGAUAUGGGAUUGCUUUCGCCACCGGAACCUCGAGAAGCAUUUCGAUGGAGUCCAUUACAGAAAAUUUCUGAUCAUUUGUAUUCACAAGAAGUUAGGCAUAAUGCAGGGCUGGUAACUGUGCUUGCUGUGAGCAAUAUAAUCGCUGUUGGUACUACACGUGGAUUGGUCAUGGUAUAUGAUUAUUCACAGAAUCUAAAAUGUAUUUUGGGUAGCACUGUAAACGCUCUUGAGCAUGGUGCAGUUACGUCACUUGCAGUUUCUUCGGAUCAUACACAAAUUAUUAGUGGUCAUGCACAAGGUUACAUUUUAAUAUGGGACAUUCAAAGGCCUUUGAGCCCAUCUCGAAAUAUUGCACCUAUAUCUACAGCUGUUGCGGCUGGCGGUGGAAAAGAAGGACAUAUUCGUGGCUCUACAAUUUUACAUGUCGGGUUUGUUGGCAUCCGAAAAAAUGAAAAAAAUGGUAUUGUUUCUGGGGACAAUAAAGGAAUGGCAUUCUAUCAUAACUUAUACAAAGUAAUGAUGGUCAAUGCAACUGAAACAACUCGUAUUCUUGGUCGAUAUCCCGUUUCUAUAUCAACUCAUGAAACACCUGUUGCGUCAAAACCGAAUAGACCCAGUACUGUUUUCGCUUUGGCUCCAUUACCUUUAGGACAGCAACAUGGUUCCGAAAGUUUUGGCCUUGUAGCUAUGCUAACACCAUAUAAAAUGAUAAUAGUGAGUACAAAACCAACAACCCAAACUCAACACAAAUGUGUAAAACCUAAGAAUGUUUCAUCGGAUUCGACUCUACCGUCUAAAUCAACAUCCGGUUGCCUGGCUUGGUUCCCAGCUACUAAAUUUCAACCUGAUAUGGUUUUGGACCCACUUCUUGCUUUUUCAUGGGGAAAUCAAUUGAUUAUUUUGAAGAUUAUUACUGUAUCAUCAACUAUUCCAGAAACUUUAAAAAAACGACGAUCUGAACGUGAUGUUCGUUUGGAAUUCCGUAAGAUAGGCGAAUGGAAAGGAAUAAAUAGCAUAGUUGGAUUGCAAUGGCUUUCUUCCCAAAUUUUGUUGAUCUUGACAAGUACGGAAGAUGUUAUCGUUUUUGAUCCUAGGCACAUGCAGGAAAGUGAACAAAGUAAUAUUAGGCAACGUUCAUUGGUAUAUCACGAUAGAUUCUCUUCACUUUUGAAAGAUCUUUCUGAGGAUUCAAAUGGCCAGAUUGAGUCCAUUAGGACAUCCACUACUAUGGAUCUAGCAUAUUACCAUAGUUUAAAUGUUUAUAAAGGAAAAGUGUUUUUAUUAGGUGUACACCAAAUUUUUGCAGGAUCACUUUUAUCAUGGGCAGAUAGAAUAUUUGCACUUGUUGAAUCCGGAGAUUUUCUUGACGGAAUUUCUCUUGCUACAACUUUUUAUAAUGGCACAUCUUCUCAAACAAUUCUUGGUCUUCCAGAUGAUGAGGAAACUCGCCAUGAAAUUGUUGGGGAAAAACUUAUGGAACUAUUAAUAACGUCUAUAAAUCAUGCUUUACCGCACGAACGAACACUUCAUGGCAUGAUUGACGAAAAUAAUAGUACUGUCCUGCUCAAAGAUUUAGCCACUGCUUGUAUUGAAGCAUGUCUUAGUAUGCACAGGGAAGACUUUCUUUUCAGCGAUGUAUAUGAAAGAUACGCUGAAGCCCAUGCUAAAGGAAUACUGCUUGAAGUUCUAGAACCGUAUAUUCUUGAAGAUAAAAUAACAGACCUUCCGCCGGAAGUAAUGAAAGACCUUGUCACUCACUAUCGCGAACGUGGUAUGCUUCAACGAGUAGAAGAAUGCAUAUGGCACAUUAAUCCACAAUGCUUGGACAUUGAUCAAGUGGUUAAACUUUGUCGUAGCGAAAAACUCUACGACGCUUUAACUUAUGUUUGGAAUCGAUCUAUGGUUGAUUAUGUGAGUCCAGCGGUUGAACUUCUCGCAGUUAUUAGAAAAAUUGUAAUUUUAGAAAAAAGAAAAAAGAAGAAGAAUCGAUUUUCUAUCUCAAGUGGUUCUAACAAUAGUCUAACUGAACCAAAUAUUCUCGAUGGUGAAGAUUUAGGGACUAUGAAAAUGAACGCUCAUAAAUUUUACAUGUAUAUGAGUAAUAUCUUAACUGGACAUACGUAUCCAAAUGGUGCACCACUUAACGAAGUAGAAGCCAAUGAAGCUCGAACGACUCUAUAUUCCUUCAUAUUUUCUGGUCGAUGUGUGGUAUGGCCUAGGCAAGGUGGUAAACUAAUACUGACUGCCGAAGAUGAAAUAAAUGGACCUGAACCUACCUAUCCAUAUCUUCGACUAUUCUUACGAUUUGACACAAAAGCUUUUCUACAAGCUUUAGAAAUUGCAUUUGAGGAUUCUUAUUUGAAUGGUGUUGAAAUUAUUAUGAACGGUAAUGAUUAUUAUGAGGAGGAAAUACCAGGAAAAAUUAUUAAUCGGCAAUUAUUAGUCAAUAUAUUGCUCGAAGUAAUGACGGAGACUUCGGAAUUCACACAAACGGAUAUGUCAUACCUAUACUGCUUUGUGGCUCGUAAUCUAUCAAAAUAUCCCCAAUUUCUUCUACUUUCACCAACUUCAAUACAAAAUUUGUUAAUAAAACUCAGCAACGACAACGAUUUACGUACACGGGAAGAGCGACAGCUUUCUGUGGAAUGUCUGUUGUCUAUUUAUACUCCUCAAGAAGAAAACAAAAUGGUCAUAUUAUAUGAAAAUGCUGGGUUUUGGAGAGUUUUAGAACAUGUAUAUAAAGCUGAGAAAAAAUACGGUCCAUUAAUUACGACUUAUUUAAAAGAUCCAGAUCGAAAAAUUGAAGUUUUCGAUUGUAUAAGAGGAUUAUUGAAUCCUUGUAGUAAACUUACCGAAAAACAACAUCUGGAAGUCUUAGAAACAAUUAUGUCACACAUUGAAGAAAUUGUUGAUAUCGAUGGUGAACAAACAGCUUCAAUAAUAAAAAUGUACUUUGAUGGUGAUCAUCAAACCGUAAUUAAAAGCUUGGGAUCAUCAGCCCGUCGUUUCACAUACUUAAGAGGACUUUUAGAACCAUCGCAGGACGAUGCCAUAAUUGGGGAACAUGCUAGGAUACAAAUGGUCGAAGAACAAGUAAUCUCGGCCGAAUCAUUAGAUCCGUCAAUAAUUACACCAGAAAUUCAUGAACAAUAUAUUUCUCUCCUAUGUAAAUUUGAUCCCACUGGUGUAUACCAUUAUUUACAAACUCAUCAAGAUGCCUAUCGAUUAGAAAAAGUUUUACCUAUUUGCGAAUCCGCUGGUAUUGUUGAUGCGGUGGUAUGGAUUUUAGAAAAAAGUGGCAAUGCCAUGGGUGCACUUGAUAAAAUUUUAGAAAUUGUCCAAGAAAAAAGGCUGGACAUUCUUGCAUUGGUUGAAGAUAAAAAAGAUUCAAGGGAUGACCAAUGGACAUUAAUUGAAAAAACCAAGAUUGAAACAUCUUUAAUGAAAUUGAAAGGUGUUCUCAAGAUUGGAAUUCUUUUAUGUGAGAAUAGUUAUCGACGUGCAACAUUGACUAAUGGUUCUGAAGUUUUAGCGUUACCUCAAAUGAGCCGUGCUAAUGAAAGUGAAACAGAGUUAUUAUGGUUCAAACUUUUAGAUACAUUUUUGGAUGCCACUAAAGCCGUAUCUUCAAGUGUAAUACCACCGAUUCCAACGUUGAUGUCAGAAAAACUUUUGGCUAAUGGACAGCUAUCUUCAUUUGAAAUGCCUAGAUCAGCCAUACCACCUCACAUUGCUAAUCAUCUGGUUACAACAUUUAAAUCGUACGUUCAAUCUAUCGUGAGAUCUCUACUUUUAGCAACAUCAUCGCCUUACGUUUCUUUCCCAAGACUAUUGCUUCGAUUUAUACAAUCACAAGCCAAAAGAAAUAGUACCGUCUCGGACUUUCGGGACAUUUUUGCAGGAAUGAUUGAUACAUAUAAAUAUGAAGGUCAGUUGCUGGCUAUGACCAACCGACUAUUUGAAAAGGACUUGUUCAGGGGUGUAGCAGGUGUUGUACGACAGCGUGGUAAAGGCUGGCGUCCUCGUAGGGGGACGUGUGAGGUGUGUGGGGGUCAGUUCUGGGGAACGGACAUGAACCCACUGACCCUCCGCACAGCACCUGGUAGAAGUUCAUCCGAAAAAGAAACGACCCAUUCAUCAACUAUAUCCAACCCUGCCAAUAUUGCAGAUGCCAUAACAUCCGAAGAAGAAACUCCUUACGAUAUCGAACGUGCCAUAACGAACAUGGAACUACCAGAAGAUCAAGGUGAUCUUCAAUCGGUAUUAGACCAGUCUGAUGAAGCUUCAACCUCACAAAACUCUCUAUUUCCAUUACCAUCAUCCCCCAAGCAACAACCAACGUCUCCAACGGUUCAAGAAAAUGACUUACUACUUUUCCGCUGUGGUCACGGAUAUCAUCGUAGAUGUCUUGAAACUGAAGCAAAUGUCAGUACUGAAGAUGAAUCGGAAACAAAGUGUACAGUAUGUCAGACUGAACGACGAAGAGAAAGCAUAGUUCCAUUUGAAAUUAGGCGUGGUUCACUGGAUAACUCGACAGGAAAAAACAAGGGCAAAGAUAGGCUUGUGAGUAUAUAA